GUUGCCUUGCCCGCUGCGACCGCGUCAAGAACAUGUUGUGACAAUGCAUCCCGACACCCUACUCAGAGCAGCGCAGCGCUGGCGCCGCCCGCGCUACUCGGCACGACCUUUUGCCCUCACUAUCCUUGCCAUUGCCCUCAUCUCGCUGCUGGCAUGGGCCAAGACGCAGGCUGCUCCCAACCCCGCGUCGCCUGGCCCGCUGCGCAAGAGGGAGGUGCCUGUUUUGGAUCAAGAAUGUCGCCUGGUACAUCACGCCCAAGAUCAAUGCGCUUUUGUCCGUGCAAACUGUCCCGAUGAAGAAGCCGGCGUCAUCUCGUAUCUCACCUUCUACUACUGUCGCCUGUCCCAUGCAAGGCCUGUCGCCUUCAUCCUCAUGACGCUCUGGCUCGCUCUCCUCUUCAGCACCAUUGGUAUCGCUGCCAGCGACUUUUUCUGCGUCAACCUCAAUACCAUUGCCCGCAUGCUAGGAAUGAGCGAAAGUCUCGCUGGCGUGACACUGCUCGCCUUUGGCAAUGGCAGCCCAGACGUAUUCUCCACCUUUGCCGCCUUCCGCACUCACGCAGCGAGCUUGGCUGUCGGCGAGCUCAUUGGUGCUGCGUGUUUCAUCACCGCCGUUGUGUCUGGCUCCAUGGCCCUCAUCCGCCCCUUUCAAGUCGCGCGCAAGAGCUUUGUGCGGGAUGUCGGCUUCUUCCUUGUCGCAGCAGCGUUUAGCAUGGGCUUCGUUGUUGACGGCAAACUGCAUCUCUGGGAGGCCAUAUCCAUGGUUGUCUUCUACCUCUUUUACGUCCUGUUCGUUGUUGGUUGGCACUGGUGGCUCAACCUGAGGAAGACGCGGCGGGCCCGCGCAGUUACCAUGAGGAAUCAUUAUGUCACGCCUGGCGGUGAAGAGGAAGAAGUCCCAGAGUACCACGACGAAGAAACAACUGCGAACAGCGGAAAUUCGAGUCGCGGCAUAUCCGUCGAUGACUUUUCUAUGCUGGAACACAACGGCGGGGAUGAGGGCAUGAUCGACGACGACGACAAUGAAGAAGCACGCGAACGGUGGAUGGGCGAGCUGACCAACAACAUGCGCCUCAACCGCCCCAGUAUGUCACGCCGCAACACGCACACGCCCAUUCGUCCCAGCUUGGUAGGAGCCCUUGAGUUUAGGGCUGUGCUGUCCUCGCUACAAAAGUCGCGAAACAUCCAAUCAAUGCCCAUCAACCUUCGUCGUUACUCCGACGAUCCCACCUAUACAGCCGCCCAACAACAGAGCCAUGUCUCAAAUGCCGCGGGCCCGGCUCUUGGACUCCCAUUUGACACCCAAUCGACUCCUUCCAACGCCUUUUUACAAGUAGGCCGACCCGGUCGCGACGUUCAAUAUGGCCCGGGUAAUCGAGUUCGGGCUGUAUCAACAAAUGACAUGGACAACGUGCAGUUGCAACCCAGCACCCUUCAGGGACAGCGUGUGCCCGACAUAACACUUGCAUCUGCGACCCCUACAGAGCAAAGUGGGCUACUCAACGCACCCCUAUCGCCCACAAUCUCCUUAUCCCCACCAACCUCUCCAUGCUCGCCUAGUCCCAACCCGACAGCAUUCCAGACAAGGCUCUCCUCACCCAACAGGCUUGCACCACCUGGUGGCGACGAUAGAUUAUCAGCCCACCAGAGCACUUCAUCGCCAAGCCCUUUAUCCUCCCCUGUAAUAGAGGCCAACGAACACCGAUCACCUCCUAGUCUGCGACUGGUUGUGCCUGGCGCCAGUUCGCCCCCAAUUCCUUUCCCCGCUUACACCGACUAUCCCUGGUCGGCGCAAUCUGCCUCUGGGGCCCAGAGCCUACGACUGCCGUCUCCGAGUGCAUCUCCUGAGUCGUCUUACUUUGGCAAAAGUCCGUUUGGUCUGUUCGAUCAAACCAGAACACCUAGAUGGUGGCCAUCCAAUCUUCUACCGGCGCCCUAUAUCCUUAUCACCACACUGUUUCCGACGCUGACCAACUGGCGGAGCAAGUCCCUCUUUGACAAAAUCUUGGGAUUGGUGGCCAGCUUACCAGUCUUCUUACUCACAAUCACGCUACCCGUGGUCGAGCCGCAAAAAGACGAAGAAGUCAACCACCCUGAAGGUUCGCAUGACUUUGGUCUACCGGCCUCGCCAUCAACACACUUGACAAACAUCGACUCUUAUACGCCCACUGGUCCUAUCAUGCUACCACAAGAAAGGCCCGAGGAUGCCAGUGUCUCCAAGGCCAAUACCCAUUUCCAUUUGCCCCCUCCGCAGAAUAAUGGUAAUUCUUUCAGCGCAACAACUAGCCACCCGCCUCAAGUAUGCAUCACAAGCGCCGAAACUGUCACGCGUUCACCCGAGCAAAUUUCUAUAGUCGCUGCGAUUCCUGAACCAGAUCACUGGAAUCGUUGGUUGGUUAUCGUGCAAAUCUUCACUGCGCCAUUCUUCAUCGUCCUUAUUUUUUGGGCAAAUCUGGAACCCGACAACCCUCGUGCCCUGCUACGCCAUACACUCUACUCGCUCAUCACGUCACUAUGCGUUUUAGCGUUCAUUCUUUUAACCACUUCUCCAAAUCGACCACCCCACUGGCGCUCGGCACUUUGCUUCCUUGGCUUCGCCGUCGCCAUUGCAUGGAUCAGUACUAUAGCCAAUGAGGUUGUCGGCGUGCUGCGCACACUGGGUGUCAUUCUCAACAUGUCUGAUGCGAUUCUUGGUCUGACCAUCUUCGCUGUUGGCAAUUCUCUGGGUGAUUUAGUGGCGGACAUCACGGUCGCACGCCUUGGUUUCCCAAUCAUGGCGCUUUCGGCCUGCUUUGGCGGUCCCAUGCUCAACAUAUUGCUUGGUGUUGGCCUUAGCGGAUGUUAUAUGAUAAUUUCCAAAGGCGAGCAUCGGCAUACAAAACACCCAGAUCAGUCGAUGCAUUUCAGACCUUAUCACAUAGCCGUUAGCACGACACUAGUCAUAUCCGGGGCUACCUUACUUCUCACAUUAGCGGGUCUACUCAUCAGUGUACCGAUGCGGAAAUGGAAGAUGGAUAAGGUUGUUGGUUGGGGUCUUGUAGCGCUUUGGUCUAUUAGUACACUCGUCAGUGUUCUAGUUGAGAUACUAGGCUAUAGUAGUAAUGUGGCUUAGAACAUCACAUUGUAGUGGAGCAACUAGGAGGUAUAUCCUAGUAGCUGAAAGGUAGUCAGACAGCGCCAGGAGACAGGUAUAAAACUAGGGAGUGGAGGAAAUAGUACAAAAAAAAAGAAAAACAUCAACAC